AUGGUUGUGUGGGACCGUAUGUUGGUUGACUCAGCCUUGGCAUGUGUAUUUGAGAUACUAAACUAUUCCACCAGGAAAGAGAUUGAAUGUAGAAUUAGAAACACAAUAGGUGUUACCAAAUCCAAUGUUAGCAAGCAUGGCAAGGAUUUGGUUGAGGAGGAAUUAGAUAGUACAUUGUGUAAAUUUGAUUUGGAGCGAUUGCUGCCAAAAAUUGCAGAAAACGCCUACAAUUCAUAUACUUCAAUUCUCAAAUCUCAUUCAGAUGGUUUAACGAUUGUUGGUGACACUAAAACUUUUUUGAUGUGGCGCGUUUUCAGACAAUCCAUAAUACAUUUAAUACACACAAAAGUCUGCAAUAGAUUCAAAAAUAAAGUAAAAAGCACGCUAACCGAUCCCAGCUUAUAUGCAGACCCUAGCAUAUCAUUUAAAAGUUACCUAACUAACCAAACACUUUCACAUUUGAUGAGUAAAGGUUAUGCUACGCAACAAUUGAACUGUGAUUUAUAUCCUGUAUAUGAAAGGCUGUCUGUUAUGGAUUUUGAGGGCAAAUUUACCGACCUUUCUGGUGUAAACCCUGCUUUCCAUUGCACCCAUGUCAUUCUCACCAAAAAGGAAUCGUCCAAAAUUUUACAUAACCCUAUAAACCUUUUAUACAGCAUUCCCUAUCAGCUUAACCGAGAUUGUGCACUAAAUUUACAGGCCGCCACCUCUAUCACGGCCCUGUCAAUCAACUCCAAAUUUACCAUCAAAUUACACAAAGAUCCAGACAAUGUUACUGCGUUUAUUGUUGUGUCUAAAAAUAAUCGUCCGAUAACUCUUCGCUUCGGUGGAUGUUCGUGUACAGUAGCAAACUCUUUAAUACUUGUAAAAGGCAUAGAGUAUGGAAUUUCUAUAAGUGACUCCAAUGCUUAUCUUUUGGCAGCAUUCCUCCUUUCAUUUAAUAUCAAAUGA